CAAAAGAUUAUUUUUUACGUGUAUUGGAUCCAAAAUGUCGUUCAUGGGCUCGUGCUUAUCUUCACCGAGUAUUCACAGCGGGUAUUAAAAGCACAUCAAGAGUCAAAAGUUACAAUUGGGUCAUCAAAAAACAAUUAAAAGCGAAUAGUACUCUAU